UUCUAAAAAACAAAAAGGUGCUCAAAGAACUGUACCUAUUAAAAAAAAAACAAAAACAACAGCUACUUCAUCAAGUUAUGCUGAAGGUUCAAAUUCUGGAUUUUUAAAAGAAGAAAGAGAAUUUGUUUUAAAGGAAAAAGAAAUAGAAAUUUCUAUUAAAGAAAGAAAAGCUGCACUUGAAAUAAAGAAACAAGAAUCAUUGAUAGCAAUUGAAAGCAAAAGAUUAAAAAAUGAAAGAAUUAGAUUGGAAUUGCUUGCUAAAGAAAUUGAAUUAAAAGAAAAGCAAAAAAAAUUAGAUUCUAAUUAG